AGAAGUGGGUGGGAUUACAAAAGUUUAUUGAACUUUCUGUAGACGACGACGUAUGAAAACUCCGUUUGCUUCUGGCUGUUUUUCGGCUGUCGCUACCUGAGCGUUGCGAAAAGCAUGAACACGGCCGAGGGAACCGAUACGGGUACAGGGUCAUCUCCAGAUCCAGAGGGAGAGGCGACAUCUCCAGAUGGGCGGGACCUAUCUGAGGCUGUGGCCGUGAUCGGCAGGCAGCUCAGCGAACCGGGUCGCUUCGCCUACGCUGGCUUGUGUGGGGUGUCCUUGGGCCAGCUGUUUUCGGGCCCUGAGCACAGGUGCUUUCGGGAGCAGUACCUGGAGGGGCUGGUGAGCUGGCUGCGUCUGGACGAGUCCGUGAUGCCGGUCAUGGGGGCGUUCCUGGCCGGGCUCGGGUACGAGGGGAGCGACACCUUCCUCUCCAUCCUGCAGGGGGAGCCGCUGCUGAGGUCCGGGUCUACGCCCAUCGUACAGGACCUGGUGUCCUUCUCCGUCAAAGACGGUCAGUACGACGCGCGCGCGCGGGUCCUGAUCCGCCAUGUCAGCUGCCUGCUCCGCGUGGCUCCCCAGCGGCUGGAGGAGUUCGAGGAGACGCUGGGAGAGGGGCUGAGAGAGGGAGGAGAGGAAAGCGAAGAGGAGUCGUCCCGCCGACGCAGGAAGGAAAGAGGCAGGAAGUUACGUCGCUACCUGCUGAUUGGUCUGGCCACCGUGGGUGGGGGCACCGUGAUUGGAGUGACGGGGGGGCUGGCGGCUCCGCUGGUGGCGGCGGGCGCGGGGGCGGUCCUGGGAGCGGGCGGGGCGGCGGCCCUGGGUUCGGCAGCCGGCAUCGCCAUCAUGGCCUCCCUGUUUGGGGCGGCGGGGGCGGGGCUAGCAGGUUAUAAGAUGAACAAGCGGGUCGGGGCGAUCGAGGAGUUCGAGUUCCUGCCGCUGAGCUCGGGGAAACGGCUCCACGUGACCAUAGCUGUGACGGGUUGGCUGUGCAGCGGCAAAUACAGCUCGUUCCAGUCCCCCUGGAGCAGCCUGGGCGUGUGCGGGGAGCAGUACUGCCUGGUCUGGGAGUCCCGUUUCCUGCGGGACCUGGGUUCCGCCCUGGCCUCGCUGGUGGACGGGCUGGUCAGCAUCGUGGCUCAGGAGGCGCUGAAGUACACCGUACUCUCAGGCAUUGUGACGGCGCUGAUGUGGCCCGCCUCCAUCCUGGCGGUGGCCAGUGUGAUUGACAACCCCUGGGGGGUGUGUCUGAGCCGCUCCGCGGAGGUGGGGAAGCACCUGGCCCAGGUGCUGAGGAGCCGGCAGCAGGGGAAGCGUCCUGUCAGCCUGAUUGGCUUCAGUCUUGGAGCGCGAGUGAUCUACUUCUGCCUGCAGGAACUCGCCAACGACACAGGGAGUGAAGGUGUUGUGGAGGAUGCCAUCCUGCUGGGGGCGCCAGUCGAUGGGUCGGCCAAGCAGUGGGAAAGAAUGUGCAAGGUCGUCGCUGGAAAUAUUGUCAAUGGAUACUGCAGAGGUGAUUGGCUCCUGGGAUUCCUCUACCGCGGGUCAUCAGCCCAGCUGUGCGUUGCGGGACUUCAGCCAAUCAAUUUGGACGAUCGGCGCAUGGUCAACGUGGAUCUGUCCUCAGUGGUGAACGGCCAUCUCGAUUACAUGCGUCAGAUGGACACGAUCCUUGUGGCGGUGGGAGUGCCUACCCGGGAGAGGGCGGGAGUCCUGACCGUCCUGUCUCCAGAGACUAAAGGGGUGGGGCCAGACACCGGGCAGGACCAAUCGGCGGAAGAGGGCGGAGUUUCCAGGGAUGAAAGGGUGGAGCCCGGAGACGGAGGAGGGGGGGGAGUGGCUGAGGAGAAGCCGGUACGCGGGGGGGACGCGAGUGACGUCGUCCGUCCCGGGGAGGAGUUAAAACGGGGGGGUGGAGAGGAAGGAUUGAAAGAGGAGUUCGCGGACGGUUGGGACAUCCCGGACAUUUCCGAUCUGUUGGACUCUCUGAACGAUGCGGACGUUCCGUCGCAGCACUGCCCUCUGGGUAGUUCCGUGGACGGGCCUGACCAGAACAUCAUCUCAAAAGACGAGGGCUUGACCCCGGAACCCCUGUGUGGGGCAGAGGGGGUGGAGGGAACAGACUGGGACUCUGAACACACGCACUGGGACUGGGACACAACGCACUGGACCACUGAGCACUCAGACUGUCGCACUGCAACUCGGCACAAGUCUCAGAACCAGCAACCCGGCUGCAGUUCCUCCUCGGGCCAGCAGGGAGCAGUAUCACCACAGCUGGUUAAGGAGGCGGACUGUGAAACUACACUCUCAAGCUCCCACCACAGCACGCUAUCAGAACAAAGCAUAGAAAGGAGGUCCAAGGACACAAAUAGUAACUUUUAUUAGAUAAAGGGGGUUGGCGUGUUUUAAAAAUAACAGUAAGGCUAAAAAGACUCUCCUGUUGUUACCAAGCAACCUAAUCCUCAUGAACUUAACUCGUGAAAUUAAACUGAAAUGAAAAGGAAAAGAAACUAACCCUAUCAAUCUGUUGAUAACCCAAUUACUUCUAAAAUCCUGAAAGGAAAGUCCUAAACAUAUUAUGGAAGUAUAGUAUUCUGAGAUACUGAUGGCGGACACUAAUAUAAUUGUAUAUAUUAAUACAAACGUAGAUGUCGACAGACGCUGAGAGCAAGCCACGCUCUACAGCCAAAGGUGAAGCUCUCGUGAUUUGGCUGUUCGUUGUUCUCUGGAUUUUUGGCCCCGUUUGUUUUUUUUUUUCUUCUUCUUUUUUUGUUUUACUUUCCAUCUUGACUGCGGUUUUUCUAUCUCUUUGUUCAUCUCAGUACCGACUGCAAAGAUGCGCCGUGAAAAUUAAAUUCAUUUCCUCUUGA